UCUCUUAUGUUUCCCUCUAAAAAGGGCCGAACCUUUCAUGUGUGUUUUACAAUUCAAAGUACAGAGGAAAAACAAAACAAAACAAAAAAGGAAAGAUUUUUCGAAGAACCCAACAGAUAUAGAAACAUGUUUAGAUCGACGGAUUUCGAUCGGUACGUUGAGAAAGAGAGCUUAAAGGUCAAAGCUUUCUACGUCCGGUUCACCGGUUUACCCACCCGAGAGUUCUCACCCGACUCUCUCACUCUCCUCUACCCACCGCGAAUCAACGAAGCCGCUUUCGAGCUCGACGGGUCCAAGAUCCGACCCGACUCCCCAGCGUUCGUGACGCUGCACCGGGUCGUUAAGGGAGGAGAGGCGAUAUACGGGUGUAGGGAACCGGUUCGGGUCUGGGAAGGGAUCCGGUUCGAGGUGUACAUGAGCGAGGAGAGAGUCGUGAAAGGUAUCUUCAGAAAAGAGGAUGGAGAUAAGUGGAAGAUCGAGUGCGAGUGCGAGAUGGAAGAAGGAGCGGCUGAGGUCGUUGUGGCGGCGGAGGGACACGUGGCGACGUCGACGAUGGCGAGGAAACAUAGGAGGAGGAGGAGGAGGAAGCAGUUUGAGUGUUUGGAGGAGAUACCUGAGGAGAGAGAGGAAGGGAGGGAGUCCGACGAUAGCGUGUGUUUUUGCACGUGCAGCGGCGGAGAAUCGGAGGAGGGAGAGUGGGAGUCGGUGGAGUGGACGGCUGAGAUGGAGUCAGAGGCUGAAGGAAUGGGAUGGGCCGUUGAUUUGGGUAUUUGGGUUAUGUGUUUAGGUGUGGGCUACUUGGUGUCUAAAGCCUCUACUAAAACCUUGAGAAGUGGAGGAAGAAGAAGACGAACAAGAAGUCUCUUUUAAACUUGUCUGUAAUCAAAUCAGUUUAAUUGUCCGACUACGUCCUAGUGUAAUAUAGUACAGAUCAUUAAACCAUCAUGUAAAACAAUCCAUGAUUUUGGUUAGUAAGAGUCACACUAGUUCCAUUUUAUUUGAA